AUGUCUGGGCCAGAUAAUGCAAAACCGGAAACUGGAAAUGCGUCCAGCGCACAGCAGCAAGAUACCACUGAGAAGGUGAAUGUUCCGUCGCUUGGCGCGCUGGACGAGGACGACGAAUUUGAGGAAUUUGAGUCGGCAGACUGGCCUGAACAGGAUACUGUGCUGCGUGGGGUCCAGACCGGGGAUGCUGGCGCUGCAUCGGUGGCCCUGGAUAUGAGUGGCUCUGCGCGCUCCGGGGGCGACCAUCUGUGGGAAGAUAACUGGGACGAUGACGAUAUCGAGGACGAGUUCAGCGUUGCACUACGUCACGUGCUCACGGAGACUGGAUCGCCCAAGCGCACCUCGCUCUUUGCGCCGCGCUUUAUGUCGGCCAAUCAAGAUAUUUCCGAGUACGAGCACGGCAGCGAGCUCCGCACCGAGCAGCGCGAGGCCGAGGGAGAAGAUGCAGAACUUGUCGCAAUGAAGCAGCGCGUUGCAGAGAUGGAAGCGGAAGCUGCAUCGUUGCGCGAACUGAACGAAGCCGUGGAUGAGAACAACGGCGUGAGCGCCGCAGAUGCGUUUCCGUCCGAACAGGAAAAGGUCGAGAUUGAUGCACGGAGUGUAUAUGUCGGAAAUGUACGUGCUCUAUAA